UUUAUGGGUCACAAAUAAGAUUUUUAACGCCAAAAAUUAAGAACUUUGAACCGCAGCCCGGCUUCCUGGCCGGCAGAUUCCGCUGCAACAGCGAGCUCAAACCGUGCAGAGAAAGACCCGCAGGACGGCUUCUCAAAACUCUGUCGACGAAGAGAUGGCUGAACGUCAGGCGUCGGUGGAUUCUCCUCAUCCUGCUUCUUGUCUGUGUUGCCAUUCACACGUUUUUCACCCAACAGGCCAGGGCUGUCAAGCUGAUGGGACUCCUACGUUUGACAUCAUCUGUGAACAAACAGAACCUGUUUCCUACUCUUCAGAACAUUGUGGUAGGCCUCCACUCCCAGUCUUCUCUGGCAGCGAAACAGGACCAGAGGUCAACACAGACAGGAAGAAGUGCAGCACCUCGUCUGAAUGAAGAGACUUCACAUGAUGCUCUGUUAAGAAGUGUGGAGAAAAUAAGCCUUGCUCCAGGAUCUCAGAGGGCAGCAGGAAAAGUUUCAUCUGGGAAGUUAUUCCUGCCUGAAGUAGAUAUCCUCCGUGGUACAUGCAAAGAUCUGAAUGCAGGCACUGACAGAACGCUCAUUCACACUCCUUCAACCAAAUUUUCAGAGGCUCAAACAGUUCAAACCAAAGCUUCCUGCAGCCCCAAAUCUCACAUUGUUUUCCUCAAGACACACAAAACAGCAAGCAGCAGUAUCUUAAACAUUUUAUAUCGCUAUGGUGAAAGCAGGAACUUGACCUUCGCCCUCCCCGUGAGCAAACGCAGCCAGUUGUUUUACCCAUACUUCUUCGCUGCGCACUUCGUGGAGGGCGUCAGCAGCGGACGUGUCACACACUUCCACAUCAUGUGCAACCACAUGAGAUUUAGAAAAUCUGAGGUGGCCAGAGUGAUGCCUCAGGAUACCUUCUACUUUUCCAUCCUGAGACAUCCGGUGGCUAUGAUGGAGUCUAUCUUUGUUUACUACAAGAGCAUCCCAGCUUUCCGUAAGACGCGCAGUCUGGACGACUUCUUAGACAACAUCAGGGAGAACUACCACUCAUCAGUGAGCAACAACCACUAUGCACACAAUGUCCUGGCUUUUGACUUUGGCCUUGAAAACAACAUGGCUGAUAAGGAUGAAGAUCUGGAUGAAAGAGCCACCUCUGCCAUAGCAGCAAUAGAGCAGGACUUCCAUCUUGUUCUUAUUUCUGAUCAUUUUGAGGAGUCCAUUAUCCUGCUUAAGCAUGCUCUCUGCUGGUCUCUGGAAGACGUGGUUUCCUUCAGGUUGAACAGUCGCAGCCAACAAGCUCGUUACCAACUUUCACCAAAAACUGCUGAAAAGAUCCUGAAGUGGAACGCUUUAGACUGGAGGAUCUACCUGCACUUCAACGCCACCUUCUGGAACAAAGUGGACAGUCUGGUUGGGCGAGAGAACAUGAAGCAGGAAGUUUCUCAGCUGAGACUGCUGCAGACCAAGCUAGCAAACACCUGCCUGAAAGACGGGGGAGCAGUUCACCCGUCAAGAGUAAAAGAUUCAGGGCUGAAGCCGUUCCAGUAUGGAGCAGCUGUAAUUCAGGGCUACAACCUGAACCCAAACCUAGACAGACAAACCAAAACCAAAUGUCAGAGGCUUAUAACUCCUGAACUGCAAUAUACAAAUCAUCUGUACAUGCAGCAAUUCCCAGAGCUAGCUGCUAGGCUAACACAGAAACCUAAAAGGAGAGCGUGAUGCUCAGAUGGGAAUGUUCAAAAGCGUCAGCAGGAGGUGAUUUAAGAUGUAGGAGCUAAAACCAGUUUAUCAUGAUUAUAAAUGUGAGAGAAAGAGAAUAUCUGGAUUGUCUCGUUUAUCAUUUGUUACCUCAUGACUUUAACCUUCUUGUCUGUUUGAUUGGACCAAUGUUCAUCCAAUUAAAGAGUGUAGGUCUGCUUCUAA